GAUAUUCUCAGCAAACCAGGACAUUUUCUUAGACCAACCCUUUGAUAUACCCUUUCGACUUCCUCCGACCUACCGUUCGAUAUCGGGUUCAGUAACCACCUCCCUUUUUCUGCCCACCAGGGAUUGAUCAAACCUUCCCGGGAUAGGUAGUCUGUCCGCUUCAUUCGUCCUCACCUCUCCUCUUCGCCACUCGCGCUCUCCACCAUGACUAGCAUGGUCGCAGUUGGUACUCCGCUUGCGGAGGCUCUUAGCAAUGUUAUCCAGCCUAAGUUGAUCGAGAUGGGCUGGGCGUCCGACAGUGGCGAUGACUCGGCCUUGAUCGAAUACGUGAUCCUGAUGCUCGUCAACGGCAAGACCCAGGAGCAAAUUGCGAAUGAACUGUCCAACGAUCUCCUCGGACUUGGGGAAGGCGACACACAGGCACUAGGCUUUUCGCGGUGGCUGUUCGAACAGGUCGAGAUCCUGAAUCAACAGGUCAACGGCGGUGCCCCGGCGUCGAACGAGUCCGCCCCCACCCAGACAAUCCCCUCGUUCGGCGACCCCGAGACAGCCAAUUUUGAACCAGCAUCCCAAACGGACGGUUUGGACGCCGACAUGAAUUUGGGCGAUCCGGCGCAUGGUAAUGACGGAAUUCCCACCGGACCCAAAGCGAUGCGCAAUGGCCGCCAGGGCGCUGGGCGGGGCCGGAUCCUGAACCAGAUCAACCGCGCCAUGGAUCGCGACUCUCCUUUACAUCGCAUCCGGAACCAACAGUCGGGCGGCGGGCGGAUCAACACACAUGGUCGUGAGCAUAAGGGUCGUUUCAACCAGAACGGCGGCCGCGGACGGCAAAUGGGUGGUAUGGGCAUGGGCAUGGGAUCGAACCAGAUGAUGAACAAUAUGAACCCCAACGAUCAGAUGCACCUUAUGUCUUUGCUGGAGGAGCAGGCGAGAAUGAUGGCCCAGUUCAUGCCGGGCUUCAUGCCUCCCGCAAUCAACCCCGCUUUCCAACAGAAUGGUCCCCAGCAGGGCCGAUCACUGUUCGACCGGGUCGAGCGUCAACAGAACUCCCGCCCUCAACGCGGUCCUCGUCGGGACCAGAAUGCCGACACGGACAUGGACAUGCGAACCGACCAGCCGGCCGGGGAUGGAGAACAGGACGAGAGCAACACCAACAGCGCCUGCCGCUUCAACUUGCGGUGUACACGCAAGGAUUGCCCCUUUGCACACCAGUCGCCGGCCGCCCCGGAGGGUGCCCCCAUCGACGCGUCGGAUCCGUGUCCGUACGGGGCGGCGUGCAAGAACCGCAAAUGUACCGGGCGUCACCCGUCACCCGCCGUCAAGAGUGCGCACCAGGCAGAAGAGAUGUGCAAAUUCUUCCCCAACUGUGCAAACCCUCAGUGUUCCUUCCGCCACCCAUCCAUGCCGCUGUGUCGCAACGGCGCGGAUUGUACCACGGAAGGGUGCAAGUUCACUCAUAUCCAGACGGCAUGCAGAUUCAACCCAUGUAUGAAUCCCAGCUGUCCUUACAAACACGCCGAGGGCCAGCGGGGAGGGUUCCACGACAAGGUCUGGACGCCCGGAGGCGAGAAAUCCCAUGUCAGCGAGCGGAAGUUUGUUACGGACGAUAAUGGCACAGAGGAGGAAUUGAUCAAGCCUGACAUGGCUGAUGACACCUCCCAGCAUACCCAGGAGAUUGUGACAUGAACGCGGACUCCUCUCUACUAAUUGAAUUUCUUAUUAUUUUGGGCCCAUGCCUGACCCUGUAUCAGUUAUCUUUGAACGACAUGUGGCUAGUGGGAAGGCGUUUCAUUUUUAUAAUCAAGUUGCUGGAAAUGAUGGAACACUGUAUGACGUUGGCAUGUAAAUAGAAAUCGAACUCAC